UGAUGGUAGGCCAAGUCAUAUUCUGGAAACAUAUUACAUUCAGUGUCUGGCGAGCAUCGACCUGCUGCUGUUGUUUACUCUGAGCGCAUAAAGUCAGUUUCCUCGCUCUCUCCGCAGAAAACCAUUUUUUAUAAGAUAUCAUAUAUUUUCUUGUUUUUGUAAAUUCCAAGGUACAUUUUAAAUUUAAUCUUGGCGCACACCAAGAAUAACCCACUUUGCGUCUGUGCACUCUCUUGCGCUAAUUGCGUAUAUUUACGCAGACGCUGGGGAAAAUAACGCGACGUGUGACGCAGCUGUCGCAGGAGCUGCCGAGAAUACAACCUAGCCAUCGCCAUAAAUAAAAUACAAGGCCAAAUGCUCAUGCGCGCUCUGCAAAGGACGCUGUUAUCCUCCUGUCCUCAUUCACAGAAACAUUUGUAAACAUCUAGCGGCGGACUUAUUUUCACAUCCUGCAGAAACAAUCCGGUCUGUCUUUACGGGAGAAGAUGUCCUCUUGUGCUCUACUCGCUGCCCUUUUCAGCCUCCCUCUUGCUUUGGGUUGGGUCGUGCUGGGUGACAGAGAAGAAGCCCAGAUGGUUUGUGCCGGGAAGGAAUUCCGUCUGCCGGUGUACUCGAUAUCAAGAACUGUGACUUUUACGCCGAACCCUCCAGGAAUGAGGCGUGUCCUGCUGGAAAAAACCAUUGUAAAGGACCCACGGUUCGAAUGGACCAGAGAUAAGAUGCUAGUCCUGAAAGAAGUGACUCAUGAAGAUCAGGGACUUUACGCCAUCAAACUGUCCUCUGGCUUCACCUACGAGACUGUACGUCUGACUGUUUCAGAAUGCAUUAAGUACUACCAGAGAAACUACGGGGACAACUUUGAGCACAACAUUCCUGAAAAUGCCUCCUUGCUCGAGUUUUCUCCCCGGGGAUCUCCACCCGAGGCCAUGCCAGUUGUGCUGUGGAACUGGACAGACCCUGACACCAGUGAUAUGGGCCGGGGGAGGCUGCUGCGGGGCAGGAAAGUCUGGGUGGCUGAGAGAGUGACGCAAGCGGACCAAGGCAACUACACCGUGAGAGAUGGCAGAGGGAAGGUCUUGUCCCGUAGCACCCUCACUGUCCGCGGGCACGCCUUCAAUGUCACCCGCUUCACCAAGGAAUCCCUAAACCUGCCCCUCUUUCUUCCUGUCCCUCAUGCCAACCUUAUUUUUACCCCCGCCCGACACCCUGACGAAACCUCCCUGGGCCCUUUCGACCCUAAGCCCCCCCGUGGCCCCGUGCAGCUGAUCCGCGAGGGCCAGAUAACAGACUAUGACAUGCGGUACAGGGGCCUCAUCUCUCUGGGCAGAAAUGGCUCCAUCAAUGAGGUCAUCAUAGUGAGACUGACCUCAAGGCACGAUGGGGUGUAUGAAAUCAGAGAUGGGGAUGGCAACCUGGUGUCCUCCACCUUUUUGCAGGUGAUCGAAAAGGGGGGUAGAUGGCGAGCGCUUCUCAAGUCCAUCACUGUCCCCUCCGGCAUGUUUGUGUCGCUGGCUGGUUUCAUCCUGUUCAUGAAGCGCUACCCUAACUGCACCAUUUCGCAGAUCUUCGCUGGCUUCAGAGCAAUCCGCACUCCACCAGCCAACCCUCCGAGGGUCAACAUCCAGGACUACAGCCAGCCCUGCAUUCAGCCCUCAGGCUUCAGUCACUCUCAGCAGCCUGGAACACCAAGGAAAUGGAUCCCGAGAGCCAGUCCAACCCAUACUGGUUACGCCCCUGUUAUCGCAGGAACUCCAUCUCAGCUAACGCCUGCUCAUGUGAGAGCUGAGAACCAGGAAGCACAGAGAUCGGCAGCUGGGAGCUCCCCUAGUCAUAAUUUAACUACUGAGCAGGAAACAUCUAAUGAGGAAGAGAGGAAGAUUUCCUUUUCGGUGCCCGGGGCUUCAGACUGUCUCCACUCCUCUGAGGACUGCGUUCAAUUCCAAAUCAAGAAGGAUGGAGAUAAAGAAAGGUGGAGCAAAUCUGAAGAGUAUUUUUCUGCACUGCCACUAGACACGGACACGUCUGAAUCCUGCACUGUUUACACUUCGGAGAAACUGAACCACUUAUAGAGCACAGAGAUGUGGAGCUGAAAUAAGGGACAAAGAAACAAAACAUGCGGAGAAAGUUAUGAAGGAAAAGAAAAGAAGGACCUUGCCUGUGCCUUUUGCAUCUGAGCCUAGUAUAAAUGGUUUGACAUCAAUAUUGCAUGCCUUUUGUUAAUGUAAUUGUAAUUUUUCUGCAGCAUGAGUUGAGCAUUAGCCUUCCUGUUGUCAUAUUUCCCAUUUCUUGACACUGACUGAUGGUGCUCCUGACGUCUCCUUUAGCCUCUGCUGUUACCUACCUCCAGACCCUCAGGACCAAUGUAAUAUGCACUGUAUAUUUUUGCUGAGAGUGUGUGUAUGUGUGUGUGUAACGUGAUCUUUAGAGCUACACAGAAAUGAGCGUUGUGAUAUGAAAGUUUGCAAAAGGGAACUUUGAACUACUGUACAGUAAUGUAGAGUUAGAUGAAGUGUUUUUCUCCAUCCAUCAUGUUAACGACUCCUAACUGCAACAACAAUUAAUUGUCAUGUUAAAUGUAUGUUCUGCAGUUUAAUGUUUAUUGCACUUAAAUACUGUAUUUACCCUUGAGGUAACUGUAGUCAUAGUUUUGUGAAAUGUAACAAGUUCCAACAAAUAUUGCAUAAGUGUAUUAAUCCAUGAAUUUUGUGUUCAGAAUCUUAUUGCCAGAUCUUUCUAGUGACAAGAAUGAUAGAUGGACGUGUAAUAUUUUUGUAAUAUCAAUUUGUUCAAGAGCAUGUCAUCUCUUAAACAAUAAAAUUUACUUUUAACUUUA